AUGAGGUACAUUAAGACUCCUGUUAGACUCUGUCGCAGUCAGUCGGGACUCUGGCUCGCACGGUUCUACACGACCGAGAGCAAUCCCACCAAGAAGGUUGUUGUAAUUGGAGGAACAGGGUUUAUAGGCCCAUAUAUUGCCAGAUCUGUUCUUCAAGACUCACCUUCUGCCACCGUUCAACUGGCAUGCCGCUCGCCGCGCGAUCAUCCUCAAGUUUCUAGCAGCCACGGUGGUCGGCUCCUACCUUCGAUCGCCGCAGAUGUUACCGAUUCCCAGUCCGUUCGUGAAGCAUGUCGCGGAGCAUCAGCUGUCGUCAACUUGGUGGGAAUCAUGCACGAGCGGAGACCACGGUACACAUUUGAUGCAGUGCAGAACGAAGGGGCGCGGGUGAUUGCUCAGGCAGCCAAAGAUAGUGGAGCCAAGCUGGUGCACGUGAGUGCCAUCGGAGCUGAUGUGGAGUCGGAGGUACCUUAUGCAAGGACGAAAGGACUAGGAGAACAGGCGGUUCUUGAUGUUCACCCCGACGCGUCGGUCGUCCGUCCUAGCCUAGUAUUCGGAAAAGAAGAUGAUUUCUUCAACCGCUUUGCCAAACUCGCAAGAAUACUUCCUUUUGUUCCUGUUUUUGGAGGGGGACAUACAAAAUUUCAACCAGUCUACGUGGAAGACCUCGCCCGCGCCAUAACACAGUGCAUUGCGACUGACAAGGUCAACGGGAAAAUAGUUGAAGUAGGCGGACCACAUGUGUAUGAAUACAGGGACCUUAUGCAGCUUAUGUUGGAUCAGGCUGGGAUACGGCGCCCGAUCAUAUCCGUUCCAUGGAUCGUCGGUUAUAUCCAAGGAUUUUUUCUGGAGCGCCUACCAGAGAACUUGUUCACUCUCACCCGUGAUCAGGUCAAGCUUUUGCAGCGAGACAACGUGGUGUCAGGAAGUCAUAUGACGCUCGCGGAUCUUGGCGUGUCACCGACUCCGGCGGAAGAUGUACUGCAUAGAUAUCUGAGGCGUACGCGUUCCGGAACCGGUGUACGUCCACCUACUCCCGCAAGCACCCACUCGCGCUCAUACUUCACCAGCACCCGUAAACCGCGCAUCGUUGAGACGAUUGCCGAAUAUCGCGCUCUACGGCAUCAAUGGCAGCGACAAGAUCUCAGUGUUGGCUUUGUGCCCACCAUGGGAGCACUCCAUGACGGUCACGUAAGCCUAGCCCGCACUGCAAGGAAAACCUGCGAUAUCGUUGUUGUGAGUAUAUUCGUUAACCCAGCUCAGUUUGCUCCCCACGAGGAUCUGGGGAAGUACCCACGCACCAUGGAGCAAGAUGUUGCAAUGUUGACGGAGGUCGGUGUGGACGUAAUCUUUCUUCCCAACGUCAAGGAAAUGUAUCCCGCUGGCAUCGUUUUGGACGUCAAGGAUCAACAAGGCACAUUUGUUGAAGUGAAGGGAAAAUCCCACCAAAUGGAGGGGUCUAUACGUCCGCACUUUUUUCGGGGAGUCGCAACCGUUGUAACCAAGUUUCUGAACAUUAUGCAACCCACAAAAGCAUUCUUCGGGCAAAAGGACGCACAGCAAUGUGCGGUUGUACGCACGAUGGUUCGCGACUUAUUCAUUCCCACCGAAAUAGUAGUCGGUGAGACCGUGCGGGAGCCAGAUGGGUUGGCGAUGAGUAGCAGGAACAGAUAUUUGUCGCCAGAAGAGAGAGCUAUUGCCCCAGUGCUGUACAAGGCUUUAUCUGCCGGCCAAAGAGCCUUCAAUGAAGGAACGGCAAAGAGCCGCGACGAGCUGAUACAAAUUGCAAAAGCUAUCAUUGACGUACAACAUGGUGCGGAAUUGGAGUAUUUAAGUGUUGCAAAUCCCUUUUCUUUGGCGGAGGAGGAGCAAGUUGGGUCCGAGGGUGCGAUAUUUUCCGGCGCUGUUAGGGUGGGUAAAACGAGGAUCAUUGACAACGUCCUUUUGGGUAUAUCAACCGAGACUUGGGUCAAGUGA